AUGCAAUCUUGGUCCAACGAUACUCAGUGCCUCUCCCUCAGUAACUGCAGCGGGGAGAACGACAACAGCACAUUGGACCAUAUCCCUCUGAAUCUCCACUCCAUCCCGCUCCUCACGGCCACCACAGUCGCGUGCUCGCUGCUGUUUCUCGUGGGAGUCGCGGGGAACGUGAUGACUAUUCUGGUGGUGAGUAAAUUCAGAGACAUGCGGACCACCACCAACUUGUACCUGUGCAGCAUGGCGGUGUCGGACCUGGUCAUCCUCCUGUGCAUGCCUCUGGACUUGUACCGGAUGUGGAGGUACAGACCGUGGCGCUUUGGAGACGCACUUUGUAAACUCUUUAAUUUUGUCUCCGAGUUGUGUACAUAUUCUACUAUUCUCAGCAUCACCGCUCUCUCCGUGGAGCGCUACUUGGCGAUAUGUUUUCCGUUACGCGCCAAGGCUCUGGUCACCAAAAAACGUGUGCGCGCGCUGAUUCUUGCUCUAUGGACCGUGUCUAUGAUGAGCGCGGGGCCCGUGUUUGUUGUGGUGGGGGUAGAACGGGACAACAGAAGCGACAUGGACCCGGAGGACACGCGCGAGUGUAAAAUGACGCACUACGCUCUGGAGUCGGGGCUGAUGGGCGCAAUGAUGUGGCUCAGCUCCGCGUUCUUCGUCAUGCCCGUGUUCUGCCUCACGGUUCUCUACAGCCUCAUUGGCCGAAAACUGUGGCAAAGGCACCGUGAGACCUGCAUGAGCUCCCGGGUCGCGCACAGGGAACGGAGCAACAGGCAAACCAUCAAGAUGUUGGUGGUCGUGGUCUUUGCCUUCGUCCUCUGCUGGCUCCCGUUCCACGUCGGCCGUUACCUCCAGUUCCGCUCCCUGUACACCCAGUCCCAGCUCCUGUCCACUCUGUCUGGAUACUGCAGCCUGGUGUCGGUCGUCCUGUUCUACCUGAGCGCAGCCAUUAACCCCAUCCUCUACAACACCAUGUCCUGGAAGUACAGAAGGGCCGCCGGUCGCCUGUUCGGGAUCACAGACAAUAACCAACCUCACCGGUGUCGCACGGCCAGCAAUUUAAAAGGACAGUGCUCAAACAUCUGGAACGAGUCCACCGCCAGCUUUUAAUCUUUAAACCGGAGGGCUAAAAGAACAUACAACAGCAUUUAUGUCAAGCAAAAACUAGCCUCAAGUGCUUCAUCAAUCAAAAUGUGAAUACUACAGAAAUUUACACCAAUCAAAUAUGGCCUUAUGUUGUUUCUGCAGAUUCUGGAUGACAAAGUAAGCACUGUAGAUGCCAUAUGCACCAGUCUGGCUUCCUUCAGAGAGGAGCAGAGGUGCGGUGUGAAUGAAACUGCGUGAAUGAAUGCAGUAUUACGUCAUUUAUUUGUAUAACUGAGAAUGUGUGACUCGAAAUGCCCUGUAACUUGGAGAUUCAAGUCCAUGCUGUGUUUAUGCUGCUCAGAGGAAAUGUAA